CACUCCAUGAAUAAAAGAGCCCAGAGAAAGCCUAUGAAUGAUCACAAACUCUCCUCCUACACAAAAGUUGGGCACUUAACUUCCAAACCUCUCAGCUGAUCAGACUUGAUCCUCUCAUCCCACCCCCAGAAAACCGUACCAAAUCCAUCAGUUCCAAGAUACAAAGUGUCAGAAGGGAAGGAUCAGGUCCUUGGGUCGCUCCUCAGUAACCUUCUUGCUUCUUCUACUGACCAAGCAGAGGGCUUUGUGGUACCUCCACCUUCUCCAACUUGUGAGGACGCCUCUAGGCUGCCCUUGUUAAUCCGAACAGAACCUUCUGCAGAGUUGGAGGCAACACAGACUGAGGAAAGCAGUUUCUUUGUGAUUUGUCCCCCUCCUUCUUUGGGUUUUGUUGAGUUGCACCAAGAGUAGGUGUCUUCUUCUUCUACUGCCCAACUGGGUGUUAUGACUGCUCUGCCCGGUACUGUACCAAGGAUGAUGCGACCUGCCCCAGGACAGAACUAUCCUCGCACUGGAUUCCCUUUGGAAGUAUCUACCCCCCUUGGGCAGGGACGAGUGAACCAGCUGGGAGGGGUAUUUAUUAACGGCAGGCCCCUGCCCAACCAUAUUCGUCAUAAGAUCGUGGAGAUGGCCCAUCAUGGGAUCCGACCCUGCGUUAUUUCCCGCCAGCUAAGAGUUUCCCACGGGUGUGUGUCCAAAAUCCUGUGCAGGUACCAGGAGACUGGAUCCAUCCGGCCUGGGGCCAUCGGGGGCAGCAAACCCAGGCAGGUGGCCACCCCGGAUGUUGAGAAGAAGAUUGAGGAAUACAAGCGGGAAAACCCCGGGAUGUUCAGCUGGGAGAUCCGGGACCGACUGCUCAAGGAUGGACACUGCGACCGCAGCUCUGUCCCCUCAGGUUUAGUGAGUUCGAUUAGCCGAGUCCUGAGAAUCAAGUUUGGGAAGAAGGAGGACGAUGACGAUUGUGACAAAAAGGAAGAAGAUGGGGAGAAGAAAGCCAAGCACAGUAUUGAUGGGAUCCUGGGAGACAAAGGGAACCGCACUGAUGAGGGGUCGGAAGUGGAAUCAGAACCAGACCUCCCGUUAAAGCGCAAGCAAAGACGCAGCCGUACAACAUUCACAGCAGAGCAGCUGGAGGAACUAGAGAAAGCUUUUGAGAGGACCCAUUAUCCUGACAUUUACACCCGGGAAGAACUGGCGCAGAGAACCAAACUUACUGAGGCCCGUGUCCAGGUCUGGUUCAGCAACCGCAGGGCACGUUGGCGCAAGCAGGCAGGAGCCAAUCAACUCGCAGCAUUUAACCACCUCCUCCCUGGAGGGUUCCCUCCCACUGGAAUGCCGGCACUGCCACCCUAUCAGCUCCCAGAGUCCCCCUACUCAAGCCUUGGCCAAGAUGUAGGAAGCACAGUUCAUAGACCCCAACCUCUACCUCCCUCUUCUAUGCACCAGGGAGGCCUUUCAGCUGCUGACACAGGUUCUGCCUAUGGUGCCAGACACAGCUUCUCCAGCUACUCCGACAGUUUCAUCAACCCAGGAGGACCUUCCAAUCACAUGAACCCCGUCAGUAAUGGCCUCUCCCCGCAGGUUAUGAGUAUCCUGAGCAGUCCCGGUGGUGUUGGACCUCAGUCCCAGUCCGAUUUCUCCAUCUCUCCUCUGCACGGUGGACUGGAAACCAGUAACUCUCUCUCUGCCAGUUGCAGUCAGCGCAGUGACUCCAUUAAGUCCAUAGACAGUCUGCCCACCUCUCAGUCCUACUGUGCCCCCACUUACAGCUCCACCGGCUACAGCAUGGACCCCGUUACCAGCUAUCAGUAUGGACAGUACGGACAAACCGCUGUUGAUUACCUGGCCAAAAAUGUCAGCUUGUCAACACAGCGCCGGAUGAAACUUGGGGACCAUUCAGCCGUUUUAGGUCUUUUACCCGUGGAGACCGGCCAAGCCUACUAAAGCCAUGAUAGCAACUUGCACCAGAAUCCUCUGAGAAUCAGAGCAGCUUCUACAUCUUCUGAGACCUGUCCAUUGUUUCAUCUCCUGCUUCAGGACAACAAUAUCAAGGUGCUUCUCCACUAACCACCUUCUAACUCCCUGCCAUGUCAGUCAACUGGCAGUUUUUCCCAGGAGUCAUUUCCUGCACUUUUUAUAAAAAAAACAUAUAUUUUGGCACAUUUCUGCCACUUGAUGGUGACAAACUGAAACAAAAUCUAGUUUUGGAGGACCAAUCGUUUCUGACUUGUGAUGUUGGUCUCCCAAGACGAUAAGCUCUGGGUAAGAGACAGAUUUUAUGUUUUUUGCAGCUGGUAAUUUUUCUUUUCGUUUUUGAUUUGCCUACAAAGAAAAAUCAGCAGCCAAGAAACAUUAUUGGGAAUAAAGUUAAAGGACCAAUGAAGACUUGUGAACCUCCUAAUAUUUACUAUUGAUUUUGUGGUGGAAAUUAUGCAACCGAUGUGAUGGAAAACAAUAGACCAUACACUUUGCGAAAUGAUUGAAAUGUAGUUCACCGGAAAACCCAGUUCCGAACUAUUUGGAAAUUUGGAAGUGUCCCCUGGUAUCUACUAUAGGUCGCAUUAAAUGCACGGUGGUGCAACUUCUUCCUGUAUAACGAUGGCUCUAUUUCAUGCACCCUGAAGUCAACGUUGUUUGGGCUGAUUCCCUUCCACUUGAAAUGUGUGAUUCAGGUUCAUAGACAAUGUUUUGUAGUCUCAACUAUAGGGAGAAACUAUUGGGAGAAAUGUGGACAUCAAGCCUAUAGAGACUUUGCACAAGAUGUUCUGCAAUAUCCACAUGGUUGUGACAAGGUUCCAAUCACGUUGUGUGGGUUUCCAAAUCCUGCACUUUCCACCAAGGACCACAAAAAUAGACACUGAUUCUUAGGACCAACACCAAUUUCCAGAUUUUUUCUUUUUUUUUUUUUACCAAGAGGUCACUUUUCUAAACCAAACAAUUGCUAAAUAUUUGAAAACGUGUCUUGUAGACGACAGUCCCCUCCCAGGUCGGGAAGCCGGGUUUCGACCAAUUGGUUCAGAGAGGUCCAUGAAAAAAUAAAACCAGAGACAGAAGCUGGACUGGGACUAAUGGGCCCCUAAAAACACAGGAACAGUAAUAUUAUAGGACUAAUGGUUAAAUCUUGACCAACUUUGAAAUGAUGUAAAUAAGGACGUUGUUAUUCCCUUCUAUGUGAAAGAAACUCCUGAGAAUUCCAGUGAGAAGAUUGAUUUGGAGUUGUCGUGUGAACAGUAAUAUUGACAGAUGUAUAGUAAGGUUCAUGUAAACGAAAUUGAGUGGUGUCGUCCGAUGAUUUCUAUGUAUAAAAUCCCAAAUUUAAAAUAAAAAAAAAAGUCUAUUUAAAAUAAUGUUACCGGAGAACGAUAAGGGUUGAAGAAGCACAAUCAGAUUUAUAAAGAAUAACCCCCAGGUUUGAUUGUAUCGGAACAAGAUGUUUUUGUAUAACCAGAUGGGCUGAAACGUUCAAGUGAAUUGCAGGAAGAAGCAUAAAUGAGUACUGUGACUUUAAAUUGCAUUUCAUCAACACAUCCCAAUGCAGGACCCGUGAAGAAUCCUCAGUGAAUAUAUGGACUUUAUGCCUUUUUAUACUUCUGCAAAAAAUUCUGUUGAAUGUAGACGCGGGACUGUCCGCACCCUUCUGCCUACGUAUUUUACUUCUAUCAUGGACUUGAUCUAAUCACAUCCCAGGAGCCACGUAACGAUUACUUGAUAACAUUCCACCCAUCGCUUUGUAUCUGACUCACCGCCUGUAAAUAUAUAUAUAUACACAUAUAUAUAAUCCUGCUAUAAUUUAUUCCGCUAUAUAAUGCCGUAGAGUAGGAAGAUAAAUGAAUACUUGUUUAACCCUGUCUGUGCUUGAUGUUUGUAUUGCACUGAUGACCAGCAGCCGGGGUCUACCUACCUGCCGUCUGUAAGUGUUUUCUGUGCACCUCAGGCAUUCCUCUUAUAUAUUAAAGAAGAUGAGAUUCUAACCUGCA